AUGGAGGCAGCGCCCUCACCAACACACCGGCACGGUGGAGAAACAUCCCAGGCUGUGGCAGCGACUGAUUUAAGGGGAGGGUGGUCCAAGGCCUCAGUGGAGAAUCUGUGGUCCGGGAAUCAAGAUGGACGACGUGACAGCUCCCCUCCAAGUGAAGCCAAAGAGCCUCCACCGCCCCCUGAUGGCGGGAUGAAGUGCAGGUCCCAAGCCACGUUCCAGAACAUCUCUGACCUCCUGCAUAUUCGAAACCACACGGAGAUAACAGACGGCGCUUCGGGGAGGUCUUUUCUCAUCUGUCUUGAGAGUGACGGAUGUGGCGAGGUGUUGAAAGAGGAAGCACAGGCUGCUCUGCUGCUCGUGAAGAAUGAAGGCAACCGGACCACUGAAGGUAUGCUUGAAAACACCAGUGUGUUGGCUGCAGUCCUGAGUGUGGUGUCAGUGGUGUCAGUGGUGUCACUGAGUCUCCUGUCUGUUCUGUGUAUCUGCUGCAAAAGGAAGACCAAGGUCAUACGUGAGGAGGAUCACACAUAUGACCUGCAGACAUUUCAACGCGGGGGAAGUAUUUUUGCGGUGAUGCAGUCAAGACCAGUCACCAGAACCAAUCAGAUACCUUCAACCACAGUUGAUAUUCAAGAGGAGCCAUCACAAGACGCAGCUGAUGAUCAGUCAGACUAUGAAAAUAUCAAACAUGUCGACACAGCUGCACAUCACACAGGGAGACUGGAACACACAUAUGUAUCUCCCAUCCCGAACGCAGUUUAUGGAAAUGAAAUGAUCCAAAAAGAUGAAAAUGAUGCUGAUCAAACUAUGGGUGUGUAUGAAAACUUUUUCCAAUCCUUGCCUAUAAUAGAUGAUGAAGACGACUAUGAAAACUCUGAAUUCCUGCAGCAACAAGAAGAUGAUGAGCUCGAUUAUGUGAAUGAAAGCCGGGUUGUGCACCUGAGGGGGACCAUGCCCAGGAAACAUCAAUGAAUGACGCAGGCAGCCUUUAGUGUCUGUUGUCCUGGGCUGAAAGUACAAGUUGUUCCGUUUUAUUGUGUGUCUGCUGUGUGUGUGAUGUGCCAAUUAUGUGGACAGCUGUGUGAAUAAAUACUCAUGAACCCUCAUUGUGUAUCGUCUGUGAAA